CAGGCACAGCCCAGCCCAGCUCCCCCAGGAGGCUGCGGGGCCACGUCAGCUGUUGAACCCCUGUGCUGAGAGAAGAGGCUGAAAUGCCACCCAAAAGGUGACAGGGACACAGCUCUGGUGAGGAAUUGUCCCCUUGGGCACACAGCGAUGUUUUUCCAGGUGUGGAUCCCUCCUGCCCAUCCUGCAGGUGACCCCAGCGAGCUCUGACCAAGACCAUGAGCAGGGCAGGAAGGCAGGACUGGAAUUAACUCCCUGCAUGCCAAAACCCGCCACGAUGAGCUGGUGACUGGAGCCUCCCACACGGAUUCCGGGGCUGGACGGUUCCCUUUGGAUGCUGAGGCCACCCUGGCUGCAGGACAGGCAGGAUGGAUGAGUUAUGAUGCCAGGGCUGAGCACAGAACUGGAACACAACCAUGAGCAACAGCUCCUACUGCAAUGAGACAGACCUCAAACCCUACUAUGCUGUCACCUACACGGUGAUCCUGAUCCCCGGGCUCAUUGGGAACACCCUGGCCUUGUGGGUCUUCUAUGGCUACAUGAGAGAGACUAAAAGGGCCGUGAUAUUUAUGAUCAAUUUAGCCAUUGCUGACUUGUCACAGGUGCUGUCCUUGCCCCUGAGGAUUUUUUACUACCUGACAGGCACGUGGGAGUUUGGAGGAGGUCUCUGCAUGCUCUGCUUCUACCUGAAGUACGUCAAUAUGUAUGCCAGCAUCUACUUCUUGGUGUGCAUCAGCGUGAGGAGGUACCUGUUCCUCAUGCACCCCUUCAAAUUCAGUGACUGCAGGCGUGUCUGUGAUGUCUACAUCAGCAUCGUGGGCUGGGUCGUGGUCUGUGUGGGCUGCCUGCCUUUCCCACUCCUCAGGAUGCAGCACCAGCAGGAAAAAAACGCCUGUUUUGUGGAUCUUCCCAUCAAGAAACUCGACCUGCCCACUUCCAUCACGCUGAUGACCAUCGGGGAGUUGGUGGGGUUCGUGACCCCCCUGCUCAUCAUCCUGUACUGCUCCUGGAAGACAAUCUUAUCACUAAAAGAGAGGCACUCUGCUUCCCGGGACCUGGGCGAGAAGAAAAAGGCUUUAAAGAUGAUCCUCACCUGCGCCCUGGUGUUCCUGAUCUGCUUUGCACCUUAUCACAUCAGCUUCCCCCUGGAUUUCUUUGUGAAGACCGGGCAGAUCCGGGAGGGCUGCGUGCCCAUCUCGGUGUUCCACGCCGUGGCUCUGUGCCUCGCCAGCCUCAACUCCUGCGUGGAUCCCAUCAUCUACUACUUCACCACGGAUGAGUUCAGGAGACGCCUCUCCAGGCAGGACCUGCAGGACAGCAUCCAGCUGCAGCACCCCAGCUAUUGGAGGAAGAACUCCAGGGACGUGCUCAGGGAGGACACCACGGAAUACUAGAGCUGCCCUUGCCAAACAGCUGCCAGCACUUCCAAUAGUCAUGAAUUUUUGGCCUUUGCCACAGUUUUUUUUUUUCCCUCAGGACGCUGAGAACAACGACUCAAAUUUGUGCUUUUGGUGAGGGUUGGAAUAAACACCACCCCCCUCCCCCCCAAAAAAAAAACCAAAACAAAAACAAACAACCAAAAACCAAACCUGACCAAAAAUCUGUUGGUUUAAUACUUCAGGUGCAGAUUUUCACUGAAUAUAAAUAGGAGCAUUUUCAUUCCUCACUGGGCAGCAGGA